AAAUGGGAAAUAAGGAAGGAAACAAAACAAAAUUAAAGCAGAAACGGUAGAAAAGAGGAAGAGAUCCUGAGAUACUGAAGAAGAAAUUUUAAAAGUACAUUAAGUGGGAGGAGAGUUUGAAGAUAAAGUAGAGAGUGAGAGAGCGAGAGGGAGGGAGAAGCAGAGGGUGUGCACAGAAGAAGGGGUGACGAAGACAGCAGGACAGAUGCUGCUACCAUCUCUGGUCCUAUGGUGACAUCCUGUCACCUCUCUACCCCAUCAUGUCCCUUAACUGUGAGAAUGCCACGCGUGUCCAUGAGAAUGGUAAUCCAGCAACCAGUACCUUUAUGUUUGCAGCUGGCGUGGUGGGCAACCUUCUGGCGCUUGGUGUCUUAGGAGUGCAUCGGAGAGAACGACGAGCCCGUGCCUCCCCCUUUUGUAUCCUGGUUACCGGACUGGCAGUGACCGACCUUCUGGGCACCUGUAUCUUGAGUCCCGUGGUUUUUGUGUCUUACGCCCAACAAGCGUCUCUAAUAGCUCUUGGGUCCAACGCGCUGUGCCACUUCUUCGCGUUCGCCAUGACGUUCUUCAAUCUGGCCUCCAUGAUGAUCCUGUUUUUCAUGGCACUUGAACGAUGCUUAGCAAUCAGCUUCCCAUAUGUGUACGCCCAGCAUGGCGGAGGACAGAAUCUAGCACGUGCUGCCCUGCCCUCCACCUAUAUACUGGUUACCCUACUAUGUGCAUUACCCUUGGUAGGAAUUGGAGAACACAAGCAGUACUGUCCCGGAACAUGGUGCUUUAUCAGGAUGGCAGUGCCCGGCGGCGGGAAUAGGGGGGCCUUGGCAUUUUCCCUGCUCUAUGCCAGCUUAACGGGACUGCUAAUCCUUGUCAUACUGAUUUUUAAUAUCUCUGUGACGGCUAGCCUAUGCCGCAUGAGGAAGGGCCAGAGGGCUCGGAGAGCGUCACUGCGAAGGGGGGGUGCUCGAGGUUGGCUUCUUGGAGCAGGAGAAGAGGAACUGGAGCAUCUUAUCCUACUGACUCUGAUGACCGUCAUCUUCAUGGUGUGCUCCGUACCCAUGACGCUUCGUGCUUUCCUUGGCGCAGUCUACAAGGACGAGAAUGAAUCUGAAGAUUUGUUAGCAUUCCGAUUCAGUGCGUUUAACCCCAUCCUGGACCCGUGGAUCUUCAUCAUUUUUCGUGGAUCUGUGUUUAGGAAGCUGCAUUCUCUGAUCUGCAGAACUUGGGGUCCCAACACCAAACCCCCCUCCAUUAUCAGCUCUCAGGAAGCCUCCUCCCCAACAAGGACCACUAUAGUGCCUUGAGAGGCACCACAGUCACAGUUCAUGAAAGGAGACAGACUGCAAUGGGACCCGAAAAAUAUGGAGAGCGACGAGCGAGCAGCCAUAUUGUAAACAAGAUACGACAUUUGAAAAACUUCUUCUUGGACAGGAGAAGAGAUAAACAGUAUUUACUGGGAAAAUACAGGUAGCAUUGAAGUUGAAGAGAGUUUUUUUUUAAUUUUUAAAAAUUCUCUGUUGCUUUAAAAGAGACAGUUCGAAUGCUUCAAGUGGUACCUGAAAAUGUAUUUCCAUAACUAAGUUUAAAACAACAAUGUGUAUAGAUUAAUGUUAUUAAUCUAACUAGGCUGUGGCAAAUUUAGCUAGAAUUACUACUAGAAGAGCUGUCCUUGUUUUAUUGAGGAGGCGGCCAUUUUGCAUCACAAUUUAAAAACCUCAUUAACAUUUACUGAUACAUUAUUGCAAGACUGCAGAGAUCAUGUGAUGUCAGCAGCCAAUCAGAGUCUGUGAACUGCAGAAUACAUUUCCGGCUUUUCA